CCUUUCCACCCUACCGACCGAAACAUCGGUUGGUAACAAAAUACACCUCCAAACGUUUUUGCUUGAAGUCUCGGCAGAGCGUUGAAUUUUGGAAAUCAUCUCACUCAUACCGCAGGUGUCCCUCUGAAGAUAAGAGUUUCGAGUCUGCCGAAUACAUCGUUUCAAAAUGUCCUCCUCUGCUGAUAUGGCUCGAUUGGCUUUGCCAUUAACGGGUGGUUCGAUUCCGAGUGUUGGCUUUGGCUGUUGGAAAGUGCCCAAAGGUACAUGUGCCGAGGUGGUGGAAAAAGUGAUUCGUGCUGGCUACCGCCAUAUUGAUUGUGCCUCCGAUUAUGGCAAUGAGCAGCAAGUUGGCUUGGGGAUCAAACGAGCUAUUGAGGCCGGUAUUUGUAACCGCGACGAUCUCCAUAUAACCAGUAAACUCUGGAACACUUACCAUGCCCCGGAGCAUGUGAAAUUGGCUUGCCAGAGGAGCUUGGAUGAUUUGGGUCUCUCCUAUGUGGAUAUGUACUUGAUCCACUUCCCGAUUGCCAUGAAGUUUGUUCCGUUCGAGAAACGUUACCCUCCCGAGUGGUUCCACGACCCCGACGUUCCUGAUCCUCGCAUUGAAUUGGCCGAGGUGCCGGUGCAAGACACGUGGCGGGCCAUGGAGGAAUUAGUGGAUGCUGGACUGGCCAAGAGCAUUGGGUUGUCCAAUUUCAAUUGCCAAGGGUUGCGUGAUGUAUUCAAUUACGCCAAGAUCAAGCCCGCUGUACUUCAGAUUGAAGUUCACCCCCUGCUACAGCAGGAAAAUCUCGUUCGUUUGGCCAAGACCUUAGGCGUCCAUGUGACGGCAUUCUCCCCAUUGGGACAUGGAUCGUCAUACUCUGACCCCCAGACCUCGGCACUCUACAGCCCCAUUGUGCAAGGAAUUGCCCAAAAACAUGACAAGACCCCGGCUCAAGUGAUCUUGAAGUGGGGAAUCCAACGAGAAUGCUCCGUGAUUCCGAAAUCCGAGAACGAGGAAAGAAUCAAGGAGAACAUUGAUCUCUUCUCAUUCGAGUUGUCCACCGAUGACAUGGAAGCCAUGAAAGGAGUGAACACAAACCACCGGUUCAACGAUCCCGCCGUUUUUUGCGAGAAAUCAUUCAACACGUUCUUACCGAUUUUCGAUUAACUGUGGAAGUAUUAACUCAAGCACGAGUGCAGAAUAAACUCUAAAUAUAACAA